AUGUCUUUUCUUAGCGCGGAUUGUGGCAUGUCAAGCCUUUAUAACAGCAAUGCAUCCAGGCGCGUGCAUGAAUACGAUGUGUAUGCUAACAAACUCUCGGAAGUACGCCCCGACGUCGUCAAGCCCGACAUAUCAGUUUUCCAAGACCUGAUACGAGGGGAACUGUGGCCAGGCACCCAGCGGGCGUUGUCCGAGGCAGAAACGUCUUUUGGGAAGCUGCAGUAUCGGGCCGAAGAAAUUCUCAGUGACAUCAUCUAUGCUGUUAAUCUCCCGAAAUUUCAACGUGAUGGAUGCAAAUCCAUCCCGAUCGAAUCCUCUUCGAUUAACCUUCUUAUCAAAUACCUCGUCUUUCUUCGCUUCAGGAAUAGCCCUAAGUAUUCUGAAAUCGUACAUCGCCUUUUCUAUGAUUCCGACACAAAAGGAAGACUGGACUUCACUCUGUUCGGCCAUCUGUUUUCCCAAAUUCGGUGCAUGGUCUUCCUCAAGUCCAUUGCCAAAUUUCUUCGUUCUGACUCAAACAAGAGGCCGACCACUUGGGACAUUGAAGAUCCGUUCAAGCAGGGUAGGAGUUGGCAGAUGCCGAAUGUACGUGCAGACGUCAUCGAAGAAGCCAUUAACUUGUACUGCUGGAAUGUUGCCGAUGGCUCGAACAUCGUCGUCGGCGUCACAUCCGAUGAGAAAGUCGAGUUCCUGUUGUCAGAUGGGUGUUAUGGGACGCUGGAUGAGAGCUUUGGACUGAAGGUCGGAGAUGACAAUGUCGAUGAACGCGAUUUUUUCUUCCCUAUCCUCCCCACCGUUGCUGUGUACAUCCUCGGUACAAUCACCAGAUCCUCGCAUCCGCGUCCCGCCGAAAUUGUUCUUGACCACGAGUCCGAGAUCGACGUUCACCUUCGGAACGCCAUGACCCUCUCUGCCGUACCACGUAUGAACCGGUCGUCAUCUUCCCCGAAGCUAUACUUUUCUUCCCUCCCCUCUAUCACGCGUUCAAUCUCAUCGUACGACGAAUUUCGAUGCAGAUGGAUUCCUGAACUCUUCGUGGACUACAGUCGGCUGAAGCAGCGGUGCCGGCAAAAGUUCCUACAAGAGACUAUUACGAAGAUGCUUGUGAUCAAGGGCGACAUAGCUGUCACUGAUCUAACGGAUGACGUGACACUGAUAGGUAGAGAUGCAGUGGGCGGUGGUGCGUUCAGUGAUGUAUGGAAGGGGAAGUGGUGGGACCAAGUAGAAGGGAAAGAACGUGCCGUCGCGGUCAAGCUUUUACGACUUGUGAUGGUUCAGAAUGAGAAGGAGAAGCUGUUUAAGAGGUUGCAUGCAGAAGUGUUGACUUGGCAUUAUUUAUGCCAUAGGAACGUGUCGCAACUGUACGGGAUUAUGCAGAGUGAGACCAGUGUUGGAAUGGUUUCGGCGUGGUGCGAGCAUGGGACCAUCAGACACUACUUGAAGAGCGUCAAUCCGAAGGCGGAUCGAAUGAAACUGAUGCAUCAGAUCGCAUCUGGUGUCGCUUAUCUUCACGAUUUCAGGCCUACCAUUAUCCAUGGUGACCUCAAAGGGAGCAAUAUCUUAAUUGACCACCAAGGCUAUGCGAUCAUCUCCGACUUCGGUUUGAGCAAGGUCAUGUCAGACUUCUCGGCUUCUUCGUUCUUUGCGGGGUCGAUGCGGUGGAUGGCGCCGGAGAUUGUUCGGGCACUCGUUGAAGUUGGGUCAGAGGCUACCAUGCCGCAGGUUACGACUGCGAGUGAUGUAUAUGCUUUUGGCUCGGUCUGUCUGGAGGUCGUGACCGGUGCUCUGCCUUAUGCAUAUCGAAAACAUGAUCCCGGAGUGAUGUUUGAUAUAAUGGCAGGGGUAAAGCCGUCAAGAGGCUCGAAUAUGCCUGAUUGCAAAGCUUUGAGGAUGCUGUUGAAUAGGUGUUGGAACGAGGCGCCCGCUCUAAGGCCCAAGAUGGGGGAUGUGCUACAAUGUCUAACGAUAUUGAAUGCUGAAGCAGGUCUGUGAGAUGUUUUUAUAUGUAAAAUUCAAGAUUCUUUGUAUUGUAGCUGCAUGUUUUACCGCUUGUUGUCAUUCUGAAGUAAAGGAUAGAUAGCUCGGCUAUGACAAAUUUCUAGUCCAGUGGAAUGUAUUUUUACUUUUUUGAACUGGUCGGACGAUUCCAGGAAGAAACUGAUAUAAUUUUGGGUGUCCUUUCGCGAUGAAAAUACUCUGUUAUUUAUCAUAUGAAAGACUUAUGAAUUAUUCGUGGAGGGAAGUUGAAACUGACAAGGAUUUCAUAACGAAACGAUGACAUAGGCGAAUCGAACAAUUUUCUCUACGGAUAUACAUAAGGAGCAAGUUCAAGGGAAAUGGCUACUUCGAAGUAUCGAACGACAGUUAAACACGCAGCCUCUUCGGAAAGAAUAAAAAACUAGGCAUA